UCGAUCGCUAAGCAUUUCUCUCAAAUCGUAUUCGUCCAUGCGAUUUCGGUAAAAAAGUGCAAAGUGAAUAAUUGAACAGAAGUUGUUUACCGAAAUACUGUAGUUUUAUUGCAUUUUUGGUGUACAAGUGUACAAACCAUAACAGCUUUCACAAAAUUACACUUGGAAAAUGAAUCUAUGUUGCAGACAUGCCAUUUAGUCGACGGCAAGGAAGGCAUUUGCGUGUACUCUUAUCUCUGUGAAAACGAUGUAAUCAACACAGACGGUGAUGCAAUCAUUGAUCUACGGUUUUCCGAUGAAUGUGAAGAUUAUUUUCUGAAAUGCUGCUCGAAGGAAUCGUCAUGCAUGGAAAGAGCUGGUACCUGCUUGCCAAAGAGUCAAUGUGGUGCUGAUCUGAACACUACCAAAUAUGAGAAAUUUAAAGAAUCCAAAGAAUGUGACUGGAGUGGCUACCAAUGCUGUCCGAAUGAUGCAAACGAAGAAGAUUCAACGGGUACUGAAAAACCAGAUGUUAAAGACAGUGAAGUGCUCUGCGGUGAUGAUUCUAUUUGUGUACCAAUUGAACAAUGCACUAAAAAUGCAGACGGUGAAAAUUUGCUAGAGGCCAGAAGUGCUAUUUGUAGUGAAUUGAGCACAUGUUGCCCACAAAGUCAAAUCAAGAAAGUAAAUGUUACCAACUCAUGUGAUAUGAUUGGAGGCACUUGUAUGCUGAGUGGUCAAUGUGAAACCCCUAAUAAUGGCACUGAAAAAUGUCUAGGACCAGAACAUGUAUGCUGCAUGGAUAAAGUUGAAUCAACAACAAUUCGGGAAACGGCAUCUGAAGCUAAGACAUGCUUAAAUAAUAAAGGAGUAUGUACUGAAGAAAACGAGUGUGAUGGAAAAAUGUAUAACGACCGAAGAAACGAAUGUGGUGGUUUAGUCUGCUGUAGUUUACCACAAGAUACUGACACAAGUUCUGAAAGCACUUGUGAUUCGUUGGGUGGUACGUGUAAAGCUGAACAACAUUGCCGUGAAAUAGCUGAUCGAAUUGCAGACUGUGCAGAAGACACUGUGUGUUGUUUAUCGAAUGGGUCGUCAGAUACCCAGGCUCCAACAGAUGCAGGAGAGGUUUCAAUCAAAGAAUGUGGCUACCGAAUUGAAACGGGAAUCAAAUUUAACACUAUCAAUCGAGACCACGGUGAAUCGCAAUAUGGCGAGUUUCCCUGGGUGGUAGCCAUCAUGGUGAAUGAAUCAGCAAAUGUUAGGUUCACUUGCAGUGGCACGCUGAUUGAUCCGGAAGUUGUUAUUACCGCUGCAGAGUGUGUGAAACUAUUUAGAACGAAACCAGAGCAACUCAUAGUUCGUGCUGGAGAAUGGGACAUGGGAGCCACAAUGGAACCAAUUCCAUACCAAGAGCGUCGUGUAAGGAAAAUUAAAAGUCAUGUCGGAUUCAAGCCUCUUUCAUUAAUAAACAACAUAGCUAUUUUAUUCCUGGAAGACAAAUUUGAUCUUACUUCUACAGUAAACACAGUUUGUGUUCCUCCCCAAGGUUUCAUCAUUGACAAUGGGGAAGUGACUGCUACUGGUUGGGGUACUACUCCAAAAAACCGUAAAAAAUUUCAACAAAUUCUCAAAAGCAUUGAUCUUCCAUAUGUGCAAAAACCAGAUUGCGAAAAGGCUCUCCGAAGAGCUACCCGGAAUAAUAAGUUCAAAUUACACUCUAGCUUUAUUUGUGCUGGUGGUGAAGAUGGUGUAGAUACAUGUCAAGGAGAUGCAGGUUCCCCCAUAAUAUUCCCAAUCCCGGAUGAUCCUGAGUCCCGAUACUAUGCAGUCGGAAUGGUUGCUUGGGGAGUCGGAUGUGGCAGGUCUGGAACACCAUCUGUCUACACGGACAUUGGACAAUUCAGAGAAUGGAUUGAUGAAGAGUUGGCGAAUGAAAGUCUAUCGAUGUAUUAUUAUGACUAUCAACUACAAGGCUCGAAUGAUGAACAGUAGUCUUAAGAUAUACAAUAAAGUAAUUCAACAGUUUAUUUUUGCUGGAUUCUGCCAAGUUGAAACCUUUAGCAAAGCAAAUUGUGGAAAUUCAGCAUAAUUUGUUGCAUUUCAGCGAUACAUUUCUUAUGAUUAAUCUAAUUCAAUUAAAAAUUAAUUUGGAAAAAUUUAGCAAAAAAUACUGCUCUAAAUGAAUAAAUACAAGAUUUGUAGUUUGUUUUAUUAUUACAGGAGUAGGAGUAGGAGAUUUAAAUUUUCACACUCAUAAGCGUAAUUUUCAUUGUUUUCGUGGGCUAGAUAAUAAACUCGAUACAUUUAAUGUUACUUUAUUAAAUUCUGACAUGACUAGUUUUA